UUAUCAGCAGUAACAUUGGUGAGGUGGCAUGUAUUCUAUUGACAGGACUCUGUGGUCUACCGGAGGCCUUGUCACCGGUCCAGCUGCUGUGGGUAAAUCUCGUGACGGACGGUCUUCCGGCUACCGCUCUCGGCUUCAAUGCCCCCGAUGAGGACAUCAUGCAACAACCCCCACGACAUGUGGAUGAGCCCAUUGUGAAUGGGUGGAUGUUCCUACGCUACAUGGUGAUUGGUGUCUACGUUGGCCUUGCCACCAUCGGCGGGUUCUUGUGGUGGUUCCUCAGCCACGGCUUUAACUGGAAGGAUCUCACCACCUACGCGGCCUGCACAGACAUGCAGGAUGCAAAGUGUGCCAUCCUCGCUGACCCGGAGACGGCGCGUGCCAUCGCGUUGUCGAUUCUCGUCCUGGUGGAGAUGUUGAAUGCCCUGAACGCACUGAGUGAGAAUGCCUCCCUUAUCACAGCACGGCCGUCCAGCAACAUUUGGCUGCUGCUCGCCAUCUUUUCUUCGCUUGCGUUGCACCUGAUGAUUAUGUACGUACCAUUUCUGGCGGCUCUUUUUAACAUCGCCCCCCUCGGCGUUGACCCUCUCAUUGUGAAGGAGGCACAACCAUUUAGUGUUUUGGUGCCGUCUAACUUUGAUGAUUGGAAGGCGGUGGUUGUCUUUAGCGUGCCGGUGAUUUUUAUCGACGAGCUGCUCAAAUACAUCACGCGGCACAUGCAAGCAAGUCGGAAUAAAAAAAACAACUGA